AUGAUUGCUGAACAAUUUUAUAAUCAAAAUGAAAAUUUUAAUAUUGGUUCUAUAUCAAAUAAUAUGAAAUCUUUAAAUAUUAAUAAAUUAUCAAUGGAUUUUGAUUUGGAUUUGAACGACUUUACAACUAAUACAACUACUACUAAUACCAAUAUUAGUGAUAAUAGUAAUUGUACUAGUGAUGCUAAUACUAAUAAUAAUGAUAGUAAUAGUGAUAGUAACAAUGAUAAUAAUAACGAAAAUGGCCAUAUUCAUAUUCAUAAUAAUAGUCAUAGCCAUAAUCAUAUUCAUCAUAAUUCUUCACUUUCUGUGUCCAUAUCAUCAACAAAUAUAGAUACAUGUAAUGAAAGUGAUUCAAGUCAUUUGCAGAAUAGCUAUGAUUGUUUAAAUCACACUGAAUUUUAUAUUCAUGAUGAUACAAAUCAAAUUUUAUUGAAUAAUAAUGUUACAAGAAAAAAAUCAAAUGUAUCUAGUAUUUCAAAUAUUUCAAAUAAUAAUAAUAAUAUAAAGAAAACUAAUACACGUGAAUCACUUUUAACUAAUAAUAUUCCAUUCGAUGCUAAGAAACAUUCUACUAUUUUACCUCUAGAUGAAAUUAAUUUAAAAAGAUUGUCUAUUCAAGAAGAAAAUAUAAUACCCAUGAAUAAAACUCAAUUUAAUCCAACAUCAGCAGCAACAAUAAAAUCAUGUCCAUCUACAUUUCUUAUUAAUAACAAUGGUCAACAACAACAAAUUGGUUUAAAAACUUCGGAUUCUGCAAGAAAGGAAAUUCAAAAAAUGAGACUUUCUUUAUUAAACAAAAAGGAAAUGAAAAGAAAAAGGAAAACUUUUUUAAUUGAUGAUGAUAGAGUAUUAAUUGGAAAUAAAGUUAGCGAAGGUCAUGUCAAUUUUAUUAUUGCAUAUAAUAUGUUAACAGGGAUUAGAGUAUCUGUCUCACAUUGUUCAGGUAUAAUGAAGCCAUUGAUACUUCAAGAUUUUAAAGCUAUCAAAAAAUUGGCCUUUGAUUAUCAUGGUAAUGAAUCAACCCCAUCAUCCCAAUAUGCAUUUAAAUUUAAGGAUUAUUCACCACAAGUGUUUAGAGAGCUACGCGCAUUGUUUGGUUUGGAUCCAGCGGAUUAUUUAAUGUCCCUUACAUCUAAAUAUAUUUUAAGCGAAUUGAAUUCACCUGGGAAAAGUGGAUCCUUUUUCUACUAUUCAAGAGACUAUAAAUAUAUUAUUAAGACCAUUCAUCAUUCUGAACAUAUUCAUCUGCGGAAACAUUUACGAGAAUAUUAUAAUCAUGUCAAGACAAAUCCUGACACUUUACUAUGUCAAUAUUAUGGACUUCAUAGAAUUAAAAUGCCAAUAUCUUUUGAAAAUAAGAUAAAACAUAGGAAAAUAUAUUUUCUGGUGAUGAAUAAUUUAUUUCCUCCACACUUAGACAUUCAAAAGACCUUUGAUAUUAAAGGAUCCACUUGGGGUAGAUACACACCUAUACCAAAGGAAGCAAAAACUCAUAUUAAUUCCAAUAGUAAAGAUAGUGAUGAAACUAAUAUGGUACGAUUACGGCCUGUAUUAAAAGAUUUGAAUUGGUUGAAUAGUAAUGAAAGGAUCAGGUUUGGCCCAAUUAAGAAAAGAAGAUUUUUACAACAAUUGAAAGCAGAUGUGUGUUUAUUAGCAAAACUGAAUAUAAUGGAUUAUUCAUUGUUGUUGGGUAUACACCAUAUGACAAAUACUACAAAUAGUGUAUUGUAUGAUAAUGAUAAUUAUGAUGAUAACUUUGAACCUAAUGACGAAACUUGUGAAAGAUCAGAUAUGAUCCAUUAUAAUAGCAUAUUUCCGCACUAUUUUAAACAAUAUGAAGGGGGGAUUAGAUCAUCAGAUGAAUUUGAUAAGGAUGGUGAUAUUAUCUACUUUAUUGGAAUAAUAGACUGUCUAACUAAUUAUUCGUUUUUGAAAAAGUUAGAAACAUUAUGGAGGAGUUUGAGUCAUGAUACAAAACUUGUUAGUGCAAUACCGCCAAAGGAUUAUGCGAAUAGAUUUUUUGAAUUUAUAGAAGAUUCAAUUGAUCCUUUAUUGAAGGAAAAAUACAAAGACAAUCCUACUAAGAAGAAAGAGGAUGGAGAAAUUUCAAAAUUUUCAGAAUACCAUGACUAG